AUGGUGGACCACCUUCCCAUCAAAGGCCGCGAGCUCUUCGCAAGACAACACGGUGUGGGCGACACCGAGCUAGAAUGGGUGGCCUCGGCUUUUGAUCGGAACGUCUUCUCAGCCAGUCAGGAUGACGAAGGUGAAGGUGGAUUUGCCUUUAUUCCCGAGCCAGCUAUCUACCCCAACUUUCCACCUGUCGUUGACGCUCUUCAAUUGCAGUACUUGAACCACGGAUGUCGUCCUAAUGUCGCCUUCUAUUUUGACGAUGUAACCCUGCAACUCGAAAUGUACGCCGUCCGAGACAUUGCGCCUGGCGAAGAAUUGUUCGAUUCUUUCCGACAAGCCACCCUUCAGCAUCAUUACGGGUUUAAAUGCGGAUGCUCACAAUGCAGCUUACCUCCUUGGGGCGCCCGCGUCUCAGAUGACCGAAUCUUAAAGAUAAAAGAAUUGACCGAAAAAUUGGCCAACUGGAAUAUGACGCAAGAUCCACCCACUACUGCAAUGGCUGAGCAUCUUGUCGCGCUCUACAAGAUGGAGCAUAUGUACGCGUCCAUGGAUCAGGCCUACACGUUUGCCGCGCUUACGCACAAUUCGUACGGAGAAGUUGACAAAGCAAGCAUGUAUGCCACCCUGGCAAUUUCUUACGGCAUGUACAUUCAUGGCCCCGAUUGGCCAAGCUACCAAGCUCAUGCUCUUUUGGAAAGCGAUCCACAAUCUCAUUGGUCUCACAAAUCUCGUCUUCCUGGUGGUCAAGCGUUCUAUGUGGCCAACGACAACAAGACAGCCAAAGCCUUGAUGCAAUCUACAAUUUUCACGGCCCUGAAGGAAGAGCUUUGA